AUGUCAUCAGAAUGGCCCGAUGCACAAAUAUCCAAUAUACAGAAGACUUUACAAAACAGUUGGCAAAUCCCGUACAUAUCUCUGUUUGCUCGUGUUUUUUGUGAUGCUUUUCAAUUAUUUGACUUUCAUCAAGAAGAAUUGGAAGAUGCUUUAUUAUCAGAUAAUCCCGAUGAAAUUCAUCCAUUUCUUCAAGAGCUUCUCAUUUCUCUUCUCUCCGGAUUGAUACGUUUACACGUCAAUUCAUCAAAUAUGUUUAACAUGCUUAGUAAUGUCCUCAAACGAUGUGAUCUGACAAUAAGUACCUCUUCCACUCCGUCAACUCUAAUGACGAUUUCUGAUGAUACCAUAAGUACAACUGAAUGGCAAGAAAUGUCGAUUUUCGAAAAAGUCACUGUACUUCGAGCUCUGUGUGAUGCACGUUUGAAUAAAGCUGAAGUCGAUCAAGUGACAGAGAAUAUGCCUGCUGAUUCGUUACGUUUUGAACCGUUUGGUGAAGAUUCUCGUGGAAAUAAACUCUGGUAUUUCGGUGAUACGCGAUUGUAUUGUGAUUCAUGGAAUAAACAUACUGAAACUUCGACAUGGGAAUGUGUUUGUCGGACAUUAGAUGAAUGGAAUGUUUUUAUUGAAAAUUUUCGCAAAUCAUGUUCGAAAAAGAAUUCUAGUCUCAAAGAUCGUAAACUACUCGAACGUUUAGAAGCGUUAAAUACUGAUUUGCCCGAUAUAUAUUCGCGUAAGGAUCGUGAUCGACUUCGUCGAUGGACAUCCUAUGAACCUAAACGGUCGUCAACACGUCUCGAAGUCAAACGACAGCAACGACUUGAGUUAGAAGAAAUAACACAGGAGCAAAAAGCGCGACAUGAUAAAUUUCUUGAAUUUAAGCGACGACAGGAAGAAAUUAUCGCCAAAGAAAAAGAACGCUUAGAACGGAAUGAACGUGUGAAAAGAAGAGAAGAACGUGCAGAUCGUAUUCGGCGUCGGACAGCAGCUGGAUCUUCGGCAGGUCAGAAUGGAGGUGAAUUUGAUGAGAAUAGCAACACGUCAUCAUCUUUUCUCAAUGAUGAAAAUAGUCAUCCAAUGGAUACAAAUGAUGUUCAUCAAAAAGUAUUAACAUUGUUACGAACAAAUGAGAACAGUUGGCCAUUCCUUGAAGCAGUUACCGAAGAAUUAGCACCGAAUUAUUUCUCCAUAAUUGAGAAACCCAUUGAUCUGUCGACUAUUCAGCAAAAGAUCAAUGAUAAAAUUUAUGUUAAUAAUUCCGAGGAAUUCGUUCAUGACAUUGAACUGAUGGUCGCCAAUUGUGAACAGUACAACGGCAAACGAAGCAUUCUGGGUCGAUUAGCAAAUCGUCUUCUUCAGUAUUUCAAAGAAUGCUGGUCUGAAUAUCAACCUAAUGCUACUCACCUUGAUGAUGACGAUAUGGACAAAUCGAAUCAUCGGGAAAAUUCACUAAGAAAAUCAAAUAUGACGACGCGGGAUAAAAAUAAUAAUACGAAAACAAGAAAAAAUUAUCGACAAUUAGCCGGUCUAAGUGAUGAUGAUGAUUUUGACAAUGAAACCGAAUACACACCUAUGCCUAGUUCAAAACGAGCUCGUCAUUCAGCUCCUCCCGUACCAAUUUACAUAACUGUGGAUCCCAACUCUCCUGCAUAUAUUGUUUAUCAUGAUCAUUCGUACUUCAUUCGUCACGAAUCAACAAAUUCUUCGAAUGAGAACUCUCAACGACGAAAACCAACGAUUUCUAUUACUAAUAAUCCAUCUCACUCAACACAAGAGAAACCAGCAUCGACAUCAGUUGCUGCUCUUAAUCAAUUGUUUCUAGAACACCAACAAAAGAGCAAAACUUCUCAAUCCGAGACUUCCACAUCAUCAUCAUCGAAUACAGUCGAUCUAACUGCUAUACUUCGUGCAUUACUAAUUAAACAAGGACAUCAUUUACCGCCUCCUCCGCCAACAGCUGCUUUGUAG